AUGCAGCUGCAAACGCCCCAUCUUCUCAAGACUUCCACUUCGAAGCAGUUGAUCGUGAAUGGCAAACCCUUCCUCAUGCUCGCAGCAGAGCUGCAGAACUCGUCCCUCACUUCCGCAAAGUACAUGCGAGAAGCCUGGCCGAAACUGGUGCAAGCCAACAUCAACACUGUCCUUGGAUGCGUGUCAUGGGAGCAGAUCGAGCCUACCGAAGGGAAGUUUGACUUCCAAGAGCUGGAUCAGUGCAUACAAGAUGCUCGGGCUGCUGGCCUCAAGCUGGUAUUGCUCUGGUUUGGCAGUUUCAAAAAUGGCAUUUCUACAUACACGCCUCAUUGGGUGAAGAAGGACAGUCAACGCUUCCCACGGGCAAAGACGAUGAAUUCCCUCGGCGAACUGGAGAUCAGCGAUACGCUCUCGAUCUUUCACACGGAAGCACCUGCCGCUGAUGCCCGGGCGUUUUCGACACUGAUGAAGCACCUGCGAGAGGUUGACUGUCCACACUCUACGGUCAUUAUGGUGCAGGUGGAGAAUGAGAUCGGGCUAUUAGGAGAUUCGCGAGAUCGCAGUCGACUUGCUGAGAAUAAGUUCAGCAAAGCUGUCCCGUCCGACUUACUUGACUUCCUCAAUAAGGACUGGGAAUCCUUGAGACCAGAGCUGAAACAGUCUCUGAAAAUCACCAAAGACUCCGCCAACUCAUGGUGUGCAACAUUCGGACACAGCAAGAAGACAGACGAGCUGUUCAUGGCUUACCAUUAUGCACGCUACGUGGAACAAGUGGCAAGCGCAGGCAGGAAAGAAUAUGCUUUGCCAUUGUACACCAACGUCUGGCAGAACUAUGUCGCGGACGAUGCCGAGGACAACGAGUUUCCUGUCGUUGUUGGCGGCGGAGGUGUCCCGGGAGAUUAUCCCAGUGGAGGCGGAGUGAUCAACACAAUCGACAUAUGGCAGACCUUUGCGCCGACACUGGACUUUAUCGCACCAGAUGUGUACCUGAACGACUACACGAAAUCUUGCGCAAAGUACCGCCACCGCAACCAGCCGCUAUUCAUCCCAGAACAGCGGAGAGACGAAUAUGGAGCACGGCGAAUAUGGAACGCGAUCGGCUCGUUCCAAGCGCUCUGCACCUCUCCAUUUGGCAUCGAUACGCUCGAGCCUAAAACGAAUCCUUUCAGAGUCCACUAUGGCCUUCUGGCCCAGGUCUCGGACCACGUCCUCCAGGCUCAGGCGGAUGGGACGAGUGUCGGGUUCUUCUUUGACGAGUUGCCCGAGACGGCCGGUCUUCCGGAUCCAUCACCACCAACCACUGCCCGCUUUGGACCAUGGAAGGUCACGAUCGAGCGAAGCUUUGUUUUUGGUCGUCCAGGAAGCGGCUGGGGCAUGGUAAUCCACAAAGGCGGUCCACGCUUCCUGCUUAUCGGCAAGGGCUUCCAGGUUCGCUUUGCGCACGAGUCUGCUCCCUUUACCGGAAUCCUCAGCUUUGAGGAGAAAGAAGUGCAGGCUGAUGGCAGCUUGAAGACGCUGCGUAUGCUAAACGGUGAUGAGUCGAGAAGUGGCAAGUUCUGCAUCAUGCCGAACGACGAGCCGGACUAUGGCGGGUAG